GAAAGGCUUUCGGCCUUGUGGGAAGUUGAAACAAAACGGAUAGCCAUUUUGGCUACUUUGUGUGAGUUCCAGAAUGAGCAAGAAACACAGAGAAAGAGAGAGCUUCAGCUCGAGAUGUGCAAUCCGAAGAGAUAAAGAAAUACACUUUGAGAGCGUGAGAGGGUGAAAAAGAAAAAUGAGACAUUUUUUUAUACUCAAGUUACACACAAGGAAGAUAAAUUAGUAAAGUUCUCAUGGAAUUUUUGAAUGCUACAACCAUGGAGAGUAAGAGUAUUCAGAGGAAGAUCUUGCUAUUGGCUUUAUGUGGAUAUUUUUCAAAGCUGCUUCGUGGUUUUUCCCUUUAUGUUGAAGGAUUUUCCAUCCAUGGCAGUGCUUAUGAUACUGCUUCACUCAACCGGACCAGUUUUCCCGAAGGUUUUAUUUUUGGGACAGCAGCAGCGGCUUAUCAGUAUGAAGGUGCAGCAUAUGAAGAUGGUAAAGGACCAAAUAUAUGGGACACUUACACUCAUGAACAUCCAGAAAGGAUAGUGAAUGGAAGCAAUGGAGACGUAGCUGUCGAUCAAUAUCAUCACUACAAGGGAGAUGUUCGAAUUAUGAAAAAGAUGGGCUUAGAUGCAUAUAGAUUCUCAAUCUCAUGGUCUCGAGUACUGCCAAAAGGAAAACUAUUUGGAGGUGUGAAUAGGGAAGGAAUCAAAUACUACAACAAACUAAUCAAUAAGCUCCUAGACAGAGGUAUACUCCCCUUUGUGACCCUCUUCCACUGGGAUCUUCCCCAAGCAUUGGAAGAUGAGUAUGGUGGUUUUUUGAGUCCUCAUAUUGUGGAUGAUUUUCGGGAUUAUGCUGAGCUUUGCUAUAAAGAAUUUGGUGAUCGUGUCAAGCAUUGGAUCACACUAAAUGAACCAUUGAGCUACUCCAAUGGUGGUUAUGUUACAGGGGAUUCAGCCCCAGGUCGGUGUUCUAGUUGGCAAAAGAAAAAUUGCACUGGUGGAGAUUCUGGAACAGAACCGUAUUUGGUAUCACAUAAUCAACUUCUUGCUCAUGCAUCUGCGGUUGAAGUGUACAGGAAAAAGUAUCAGCAAGCACAGAAAGGCUUGAUGGGUAUAUCCCUAGUUGGAGACUGGGUUGUGCCAUACUCUAACGCGACGCAGGACCAAGAUGCUGCGCAAAGAGCCCAUGAUUUCAGGUUUGGAUGGUUUAUGGAUCCCCUAACAAAUGGUGACUAUCCACAUAGCAUGCAAUCUCUAGUUGGCGACCGAUUACCCAAAUUCACAAAAGAGCAAUCCAAGCUAUUAAAAGGGUCACUUGAUUUUCUAGGGCUAAACUACUAUACUACUAAUUAUGCAGCUGAUGCACCCAAAGCUGAAAAGCCAAGCUACUUAACAGAUUUGCGAGCUAAUCUUUCUUCUGAGCGUAAUGGGAUCCCCAUCGGUCCAGAGGCUGCUUCAAGUUGGCUCCAUGUCUAUCCCAGGGGAAUUCGAGAUAGUCUAUUAUACGCCAAGACAAAGUACAAUGAUCCACUAAUUUUUAUUACCGAGAAUGGGAUUUCUGAGUUCAAUAAUGACACAUUGUCGCUUAAGGAAGCCCUUGCAGACAACUAUAGAAUUGAUUAUUACCAUCGCCAUUUUCAGUAUAUUCUUAAGGCUAUCAAGGAUGGUGUUAAUGUGAAGGGAUAUUUUGCAUGGUCAUUAUUGGACAACUUUGAAUGGGGUGCAGGUUAUUCCGUUCGGUUUGGCAUCAACUAUGUAGACUAUAAAAAUGGGUUGAAAAGAUAUCCGAAAAUGUCUGCACGUUGGUUUAAGAAAUUCCUAAAGCCAUAAGAUGACAAAUUUAGGACUAUACUCAUGUUGAACUAUAUAGAUACUAUGGAUAUACUCAUGUUUAAAUAAUGUCUGUAAUCUGUAUUCAAUAAAUUAAAAUAAAAUAAAAUUAAUGUCACUGUUUACAAACUCGAAUGUUUCUUUUAUAUAUAUAAAAGCAUCUAUUGUUUGGUUU